UGGUACAGCCCGCAGACUUCCUACUGUCAUGGCGGCGGCCUGUGCUCGGCUGGGAGCUUUCCUGGCACGGUCAGGGGCGCUUGUCAGGCAGUUUUCAGGCCUUUCCCUCCAAUCUGAACUUAGUGCAACAGCUCUCCAGAGAUCAGCGCUGAACAUUCCCUACCAAAUAAGAAAUGCCUCUGGAUUGGGCGCCCAGUUGUGCCGGCCCGUCCGGCUCUCUGCCAGCACAGCGCUUCCACAAGCUUUUGGGAAUUCUACAACAACUCAGAAUACAUCAAUUCUCAAUAGGAUAGCGCCACUCCUUCCAAGCAUGGUGCAUCAUCCUGUGAGGUCCCUGACUUACUUCGGCUUGCGCUCUGGGAAAAGGAAAACCGUGAAGUCUGUCACUGACCGCUUUUUGAGACUGCACUGCGGGCUGUGGGUUAGAAGAAAGGCUGGCUACAAGAAGAAGCUGUGGAAAAAAUCAGCAGCGAGGAAGAAGCGCCUACGGGAGCACGUGUUUUGUAACAAGACCCAGAACAAGCUCCUCGACAAGAUGACGACCAGCUUCUGGAAGAGGCGCAACUGGUACAUUAAUGAUCCCUACCAAAAGUAUCACGACCGAACCAAUCUCAGAGUGUAGGCCACGAUCUUCAGGGCUACUGUUUGUUAUAUGAUUUCUAUAUAUAUUCUCCUAUGGAAAAAUAAUAAAGAAUUUGCUUAUAA